AUGUUUGAACCUGCAAUGCUUCAAGUUCAACCCUCAUUGUUAUAUUCUGAUAGUUUAACUUCAUUUACUGAUGAUGAGGUUAGACUAUAUGAAUUCGAAUUCGAUGCCCAAAAUCUUGGCAGCCAAGAUUUUUCUUCUCUGGAUACAACUCCACAGUCCUCCCCAGAUUUCUGUUUCUCAAUCCAAGAUCUUGACAAUAUGGAUUUUCAAGUUGAUCAGCCAGGUGUCAUGCUGUCAACUGAUCAUUUUUCAACAGUUUACGACGAACAAAAUGUUAUAUUUACAGGGGAGAUUGAUGACAUGCUUUUGUAUUCUAUGGAUGGUGAAGAAAGUUUUGUAGAUGUUCAGCAAUCAACACUUGAUGCAGAAGAUGAAUGGAGCCUCAACCCUUCCAUGGACGCGACUGAUUUUCUAAUGCACUUGCCUAAUGGAGGGAUCGAGGUUAAUAAUCACGUGGCACUGAUCCAACCAUCACUAGACUUGCCUACAGAGGGAGUGGAGAUUGAUCUUCGACUCGUUUUAUUUCAUCUAGUCAUGGCAUAUGGACAAGCCAUUGAGAAUGGGCACAAUGCGCUUGCAAAGGCGGUUGUUAAACACAUGAAUCAAACAGUUAGCCUUGUCGGUAACAUUAUGGAGCGUUUACUGCAUUACGUGUUUUCAGUGGACCUGAAAUCGGACUAUCUUAAGCUGGAGUGUAAGAAAAACUUCUAUGCAGCUUACAUGGCAUUCUAUCAAAUAUUCCCCUAUGGAAAAUUUGCUCACUUUGCAGCCAAUUCAGCAAUCCUAAAGGCUGUCCAUGAAAAUGUCAAGAUCAUUCAUAUCUACGACUUUGAUUUAGGAGACGGCUUGCAAUGGUGUUCGAUGAUUGAGGCCCUCAGGGGUCAGCAGAGGGAACUCAGGCUGACAGCAAUCAAAUGGACCGAGGGAGAAUCUACUUGCAUUCCUCAAGAAUGGAAGUUUGAGGAGACGAAGAGACGGCUUAUUGAUCAUUCAAGUUCCUGCAAUGUAGACUUAAAGGUGGAUGAGAUGAUGAUGCAUGAUUUUAUUGAAUUGAAGAAAAUAAAGAGCAGAGGUGACAAUGGAGAAUGGUGUGCCUUUAACUGCAUGACAAGCCUCCCUCACAUGGGAAGAGCGCGGAGUAGGAAGAACGUCACUGAGUUUCUUAACGGGGCCAAAGAAAUCAUAAGGCAUACACAUUCCGGAAUCAUAAUAUUUGGUGAUGGAGAUGCUUGGGAAAAACAGAAAAUGUCCUCGAAUUUUACUUCAUUUUUGGAUGGGCAUUUGAUGCAUUACGAAGCUUUGCUAGAGUCCAUCGAGUUUAAUUUCCCGGUUCAUCUUAAAGAAGCAAGGACUUUGAUGGAAUGCCUGUUUGUGGCGCCCUUCGCCUCUGCUCAUGCACAGAUUCAGAAAUGGGAAGAAACAAGAGAAUGCUGUGAUCUUGAAUCAGCAGGAUUGUCUGGCUUAAAGGGUCGUAAAGUGAGCGAAGAGAGCUUAAUGGAAGCUAAAGAAAUGAUCAAAGAAGGCGAGAGUCUGUAUGGCAUAAAAGUCCAAGGUGAGUUUAACAAUCAGCUGGUCUUGGACUGGAGAGGAACUGAACUAGUAAAAGUGUCUUGCUGGCAGAGCUAA